UUUAGUGACAUUGAAUAUUGUAUGUGUGCGAGUGCGCCUUCCCUGAAUCUUUGUAGAAGAGAUGUCAAAGGAUAUCCCUAAGCUUGACCCGUUUAGAACUAAGGCAGAAAUAAAGGGAAAGAAACAGAAAAGAUCCCAAGGAUCUUCACAUUAUAGACCAAAAGCACCAACUGAACUGACACGUUUACCGGCAUUUAAAGAUGUCUCUCCUUCUGAGCACCAAGAGUUGUUUGUGAAGAAACUUCAGCAAUGCUGCGUUGUCUUCAACUUUGAGGACUCAACCUCUGAUGUCAGUAGUAAAGAGAUCAAAAGAACUUUCUUGAAUGAGCUGGUAGAGUACAUAAGCGUAACAAGGAACGCCUUGAAUGAAUCUGUUUACCAACCGAUUGUUUCCAUGAUUGCCUGCAACAUAUUCAGACCUCUCCCACCCUCUGACAAUCCGGACUUUGAUCCCGAGGAAGACGAUCCAAUUUUGGAAGCAGCUUGGCCUCACCUUUCAUACGUCUAUGAGUUUUUCCUGCGUUUCCUUGAGUCUCCUGAUUUUCAACCAGUUGCUGCUAAAAAAUAUAUUGACCAGAAAUUUGUACUUCAAUUACUGGAGCUGUUCGAUAGCGAGGAUCCUCGAGAACGUGAGCUGCUAAAGACCGUGGUUCAUCGCAUCUACGGGAAGUUUUUGGGAUUAAGGUCUUUUAUCAGGAAGCAGAUUAACAAUAUAUUUCUAAGAUUCAUAUAUGAAACGGAACAGUUCAAUGGUGUUGGGGAGUUGCUUGAAAUUUUGGGGAGUAUUAUAAAUGGCUUCGCCCUCCCACUUAAGUCUGAACACACUCGGUUCCUUGCAAAAGUUUUGAUCCCACUUCACAAAGCUAAGUCCUUAGUGACCUUCCAUCCUCAACUUGCUUACUGCAUAGUCCAGUUCUUGGAUAAAGAUGCGACUCUGACAGAGCAGGUUGUUCGCGGACUCUUAAAAUUUUGGCCCAAAACCUACUCUCAAAAAGAAGUUAUGUUUUUAGGUGAAAUUGAAGAAAUCCUAGAAGUUAUUGAGCCUUUACAAUUCCAGAUUAUUAUGGUCCCUCUUUUUAAACAAAUUGCGAAGUCAGUCUCAAGUUCCCACUUUCAGGUUGCUGAACGAGCACUAAGUUAUUGGAACAAUGAUAAUAUAGUUUCUCUUAUUGAAGAAAAUCAUGACACCCUUAUACCAAUAUUAUUCCCAUCCUUCUAUCGUAUUUCACGUGAGCAUUGGAAUCAAACAAUUGUAGCUUUGGUCGGAAAUGUUCUGAAAAUCUUUAUGGAAAUGAAUACAAAUUUGUGCAAUCAGUUAGCUGAAAAACACAAAGUAGAACGUCAAAGGGAACGUAAACGGGAGAAGGAACGUGAAGAAUUAUGGAAGAAACUUGAGCAGCUGAGGAUGUCUGGUUCGGGCGACACACCUGGCCCACCAAAUAUUGAUUCCAAAACCAGCUCUGCAAUUACCAACAAUGCUUUCACUAACGUCCAUCAACUUGGGGUAAAUGUGACUAAGCGCUAGAUGCAGCUCUCCAACCACUUGUUUCACACAAUAUCGGCCAUAUAAUAUUGCGUUUCAUGAUCCAUACAUCUUAGAAGCCUCAUGAUUCAUUCCGUAUUGCGUUAGAGAUUUUUGUGAGUUAAAUAGUGCUGAACAUGUAACUUGGUCCUUAAGUACAACUUGAUUAGUGCAUGUUUGCCCAUCCAUUUAUUGAAUGAAUGAGGGUAUAUUCUUUUCUUGAAGUGACUAUUAUACUUUUUGUUCUCUGCUUCAAUUAAAUACCACAUAUUGUUAUUUAAUGUGACCUCAAUUGUAAUUUCAUGAACAUAAUUUGUAUGUUGAUUUUAUAGUCAUAAGACACAUAAUCACUCACUUAUAACCCCAUUAAUCUGUAAAUCCAUCGACAGGACAAUAGAGAUAUCAAAGUGGUUAUUAUCCUAAAUUUUUGUGAAUGGCUUUCGCAGUUUUAUUAAUAUCAUGCCCAGUUCAAACUUGAAGAAAUCACAUUCACGAAAUGUCUUUUAAAUUCUUUUUGGAUGACUUAUUGUUUUACUUGAAAAUCUACUCGGUGUUUCUUUCUGUGUACCUAUAUUUUUUACAGAAAACCGAGUAUAGACGUAAAUAAUAUAUGGAACGCAUUUCUGGAUUUUACUGUACCCUUAGUUAUUUAUUAUGCUUUUCACGAAACGCUUAAAAAUCUCAGCUCCAUGUAUAUCGUAUUUGAAUACCAUUGAGGUUGAGUCCUUCAGCCAUUAUUACGUUGCCUUUUUGGGAGAUAUGAAAUUGAUUUCUAUUAGUAAUUGUCACGAUAGCUAUUCACAGAUACUAAAAAUCGAAACAUCAUACUGGCUAUUUUCCCCUUGCGAGAAGUUUUGCAUCCAAACAAUAAUGCGAAUUACAGAUUGUGGUACUACUGUUAUAAUGCUGUUUUAAGGAUGACCCUCUGAUGAAAUUCAGUUCUGUACUACAUUUCCAUCUACUUAUAACGUCUAACAAUUUCCGUGAUUUUAUAAUCCUAUAUGUGCAAGUUUUUCUUACAACAAUUCAGUUUCUG